CUUAACUACUUGUAACAUUCGGGGGCUUGUUCAGAACUGAGAUCACAUAGCAGCAAUGGCAUCAAUCACCAUGACAGCAUCAUUCCUUGGCACCUCAACCAUCGGCCACCGGUCUCCGGUGGCGUCGCAGAGGAGGCUGGUGGUGGCAAAUUCUGCCAAAUCAGUUGAAGGAGAAAAGGUGAAGAUGAGUUAUGAGAAUGAGAAAGAAGGAAGCAAUGGAAGGAGGAACAUGAUGUUUGCUGCUGCUGCUGCAGCUGUUUGCUCUGUUGCUGGGAUGGCUGUGGCAGAUGAGCCCAAACGUGGCACCCCUGAAGCUAGGAAACUCUAUUCCCCUGUUUGUGUCACUAUGCCAACAGCCAGGAUUUGUCACAAGUGAGGGCUAUGUCUACCAAAAGAACAAUGGGGAUGUAAUGUUUUCCAUUUCAUAUGACGAUCAUUUGACUCUGUGUACUAUUUGUUCAUGAAACAAUCUACUUUUCCUUCCUUGUGUCUUUUGUCU